CCAAAAUACACGCUGUCGCCGAUGACGGGCCAGCGCGUGCAGGAGAGAGCAACUGGGGCGGUAACGGCAGCAAGAGUCUGCAUCUAGAUGUCCGUGCGGAACAGCCUGAAGAACCUGCGUACGGAUUAUAUCGACAUCCUGUACGUCCAUGCGUGGGACUACAGCACAGCACCCAGAUCCCGGAGUUCAUGCAAGUCCCUUAACCAUCUGGUCGCGCAGGGGGAAGGUCCUGUAUCUGGGUAUCAGCGACACGCCGGCGUGGGUGGUCACCACAAGGCCAAUACAAUACGCUCCAUCCGCUCCCCCACCACCCCACCAACCGAAACCGAAACCGACUCCGUCCGCACCUCCCCCCUCACGCUCCUCGGCCACGAAGCGCAAGUCUCCGCGGUCCUCGACGUCGUCGCCCUGGCCUACGCCAUGCAAAAGACCCCGUACUUCUUCCCCGUGGUCGGGGGGGGGCGCAAGGUCGAGCAUCUCCGGGCUAAUGUGGAGGCUCUCAGUCUGGAACUCACCCCCCCCCCCCCCGGGAGGAUGUGA